AUGAAACGAGAACACGUGUUAAAUUGUAACUUUUCAGCGUGGUAUCCAAAGUUUAAAAAUAUCACCAUUAGAAGCCGGGUAAUUCCACUUCCUAAAGAGUUCGUUGAUUAUCUGAAAGCUGAUAAUGUUGUCUUACCCGGAGAACCUGUGUCAACAGUGUCUGGGGCGGAAGCUGAGAGUGAUUCAGAAGAAUGGCUGUCUUUGGAUGAAGAUCCAAACGAACAAGCAAUCAGUGUUCCGGAGUUCAAUGAGGUGGAUUCUGCAAUCAGAGAAGCUAUUGUUGAUUUGGAAGGCACUGUUUUUCCCAAAUUGAAUUGGAGUUCCCCUCUAGAUGCGUCCUGGAUCUCAUUUGAUGGCACACUGAAAUGCCAAUCUCCAAAUGAUAUUUAUCUUCUGCUCAAAAGCUCUGACAAAAUUUCUAACACACUUUUUGACUCUUUCAAACAUUGUGAAGAUGGAGAAGGGGAAAUGACUGAUGGUUUUGAGCUGGUACUUCGCAAAUGGAAGGAUAUAAAUCCAGGGAUAGAAUUUAGAUGCUUUGUCAAGGACAACAACCUGGUUGCAAUAUCCCAAAGAGACACAGCAAGUUGCUAUGACUUUAUUGCGCAAAAUGAGACAGACAUUUGCAGUGAUAUAGCAAACUUUUUUAGAAAGAAAGUAGCUAACAAAUUUCCUGACAGUUCUGUUACAUUUGAUGUCUACCGGUAUUCACCACAGAAAAUUUUACUAGUUGACUUUAAUCCUUUUGGCGCACAAACAGACCCUCUGCUUUUCACAUGGGAGGAACUCAAAGACCCUGCCCGUUGCAUUACUUAUAAUGACGAUAAGUUUCAUGGUGUUUUCAAGUAUGUAACAAGUGAUGGAGGGGUGCAGCCCAAUCCUUCUCACUUCAGCAGAAUGCCGUCAGAUAUCAAUGAUUUAGCUUGCGGCAAUGAUGUCAACAAGUUAGUUGAUCUUCUAAAUGUGAGAAAUUUGAUAAGGCAACCUGGAGAGGAAUCUGAUGAUGACUAGCUAAUGGCAAACAUGUUGUGAACAGUAACAGUUUUACAACACAGGAUGACCUUGGUCACAUUCUAUCCUCUGUGUUGGUUGUCAGAGUCAUGAAUGGUGCUCUCCGUCUUUUAACAUGGUGAUACAACAAAUGCAAAAAGAAAUUACCACAGGAUUAUUUUCUUCAAUAUUAUUGCAGAUAUAAUGAAAUCCUAGGAAUGACUCAGUUGCAACUUUUGAGAUUACACAUAGAUGUUAGUAUCAUAAGAAAACAAUAUGGAGACUAUAAGAUAACCCCAGGGGGGUACUCCAGAUUUUAAGUGACAGAGAUUAUCAAAGGCCUCUUUUGGGUUUGAAAUUUUUGAUGCCAGGAUUUUUUUGGGUAGGAAAAUUUGGCAGGAAUUCUUUUGGGUGGCUUGAUUUAAGUAGGGAUUUUUGGGGUUAUUCAAAACAGUGUGCAGAUUCAUUGCAGCACCCAUGUAUCCUGGCCACAUAAAUCUGUGAAUAAAGUACAACCAAACUUGUUUAGCUCUGUGGAAAUUUUUAAGGCUCGGAAAUUCAGCAUGGGAUUUUUUUGCGGUUAAAUUUUUGGUUCAGGGAGUUUUUGGGGUUUUGAUUUUUGCUCCCAUUAAAUCAUCCCCAUCACUUGAUAUCCGGAGUAACCCCCCUGGGAAGGUAACCAGUCUGUGGAACACAAAAUGAUGUGACCUGCUUGUGGAGUGUUUUUGAGUCUACAAAUUAAUAUUUUCCUAGAGAUAAUCCUCGGCAACAUCUACACUAUUAUUAGGUGAGGUUGAGCAUGAUCUUGAAGGCAUUAAAGCAUUUCCGUUGUUGAGGCAGAUGACACAAAGCAAGGCUUUGGUAAUAUUAUUAUUAUUGCUCUCAUGCAAAACCAAAUCAUGCAUUAACCUCUAAAGAGUCCUGG